UGGACGCACACAUUUCUACUUGUUCACUUACUCCAAUAUGAGUCUGAAGACCGGGUUGGUGGUCCUCCUUCUCUGCAUGCCAGGGCUGCUCAGUGCUGAGUGGGGGGGGACCUAUACUGAGAAGGAGAUCUGUGCAUUUAAAGGAUCCACUGUAAAGCUUCAGUGCAAAUUUAAGUUCCCGCCCACAGAAGACGGGCGUGAGAUCAAGGUCAAGGAAACAUUUUGGUUCACCAAAGCUUCGCCUGAAGAUCUGAGACUGGACCCUGAGUACUUUGGUGGUGUGCAGUCUGAGUGUCAUGGCAACAUCUGCAGUCUGACCAUCGCAGACGUGAGACGGACUGACGACUACACGUUCAGAUUCACAACUGACCAUUCCAGAGGAGACUUCAUCGUCACGCCUGGUGUCAAAGUGACCGUCACUGAUCUGAAAGUAGAAGUGUCUUCAAGUCCUAGGUAUGAAGAUGACAAAUAUUGGUAUGAUCUGAAGUGUGUCAGCGACACCUGCAGUCUUAGGUCUCCUUCUUCAUACGUCUGGUAUAAGAAUGGAGAGAAAAUCCAAAAUGCAAAGUCCCAAGUGUACACAGUAGAGCAUGACUCCAAAAACAGUUACUCCUGUGCUGUGAGAGGACACGAGCAAGCUGUGUCUCCUCCAGAGUGUGUGGUGUACAGCUCAUGUAAGGUGGUGGUUUACCACAAGAGACACAUCUGUGCCAUCCAAGGAUCAUCAGUGGACAUUACCUGUGAAUACACGAGCUAUGAAUAUACCAAGAACAAACUCUGGUUCCGUACAAAUUCUAGUCACUGGAGGAACCCCUCCAUGACUGAAGAUCUGCAGUCAGACCCUCAGUAUGAAGGUCGUCUUGAGUUACCUUCAGAGUCUUAUAAAAAAAGCACACUGAGAAUAAAACAUGUGAGGCAGAGUGAUUCUGCCGAGUACCGCUUCAAAUUCACCACUAAUGAUGGUUUUGAAUGGAGGAGUAUUUUACCUGGAAGCACCUUGACAGUCGCAGGUAUGAACACACCUGACCAAACAUGCCCAAUAAUACAACUAUAUUACAAUGAAUACUUUGGAUUAGAUUACAAAAUAGAUAUAUUAUGUACAAUACUGUAUAUUACAUUAUGUUUGAUUGUUUUGCCAAGUCACUAAUCUUUUCUAGUGUUUGAAUGCGGGUCAGAUGUAAUUUUACUUUGAAAUACUGUAUUUCCUUGAAUUGCCACCGGGGCGCUAAUUAAUUUAAAACCUCUUGUCACUCCGGCACUUACCAAAGGCAUGCAGUAAAAAUAUGAGUGUAAUGUAAGGAUUCAAUCAUGAAAAGCACAUUUAAUAAAAAUAACGUUAUUAUGGUCUUACCUUAUAAAUGAAGUCCAUGCGCAGCUCCUUCUGAUUAAAAGCAUUGAUAACUUGUUUAUAGAAG